AUGUCUGCCAUCGCAUCCUCCGCUGCUCGCAUGGCCCAUACCACUGCUCCCCUUCGCGCCGCUGCUGUCCGCCAGUUCUCCGCUUCUGCUGCUGCUGCUGAGUCCUCAGCACCCGCUAUCGCGGUCGCUGUGGCCCAACAUUCGACCAAGAAGCUGACCAUUGUUUCAAGUCUCGCUUUUAUCGCUGGUGUCGAUGUCACCUACGCCUACUUUACCCUUGGACAAAAGAAGGAUUCAACAGCGUAA